UUGUGGUGAUUGUGAGUGGUGCGGGAUGGCGAGAAAGAAAGAUUAGAAAGAAGUUUAUUUAUUUUUUUUGAAAUAAUUUCUGUAAAUUAAAUAACAGUUUAGAAAUGUAAACAAAGACGUUGAUCACAUAUUUGUCAAAAGAUCAGAGGAAAUAUUUAAUUGGAAACUGUAAGCUUUCAGAAAUGGGGUUUGCAGCUGAUAUGCAAGACAAAGCAUCGCAUGAGGCUUUAGUAGCAUUACAAGAUGCGGAACUUAGACUAUUAGAAAAUAUGAAAAAAUGUUUAACAUUAAGGAUUAAAUGUGAUAGAGAUUAUGCCAAUGCAUUGAAUUCUGUGUGUAUUCAAGCACAAAAGACUGAUGCAAUUACAGAACUUGAAGGUAGCUUAAUUGCAAAGGCUUGGUGUGUAAUUACAGAAGAAACUGAAAGACUAAGUCGGUUAAUGCAAGAAAAUACUGAUCAUCUAGUAUCAAAUACUUUAGAAUCAUUUAGCCAUUUAAUUUUAGAAAAACGAGCAUUAAAAAAUGUGUAUGUAGAAGAACAUUUACGCAUUUGUGGAAAAUUAACUCAAUUACAAGAAUCUGUGAAUAAAACUAGAAAUGAAUAUGAAAAAUCUAUAGAUUUAUGGAAAAUAGCUAGAGCAAAAUAUGAAGAUCAAUAUAUUAAAGGUAAACAUACAAAGAAACUAACAGAAGCAAAGGAAAGAUAUCAAAAAUUGACAAAAAAGUUACAUCAUAUUCACAAUGAUUACAUUCUGUUAUUAGGAGAAGCAACAAAAUAUGAAAGAGAUUUCAGAACAACUUUAUUAUUAAGUCUUCUAGAAUAUCAACAAUCUGUGCUUCAAGAAUCUGUUGUAACUUGGAAAAAUGUCUUAAGAGAUUUUGCUCAAUAUACAAAUUUGUCACGUGAAAAUUUCCAAACUGUUCAUACAAGAAUAAAAGAAAGCAUUGAAGCUAUUAUUGCCAGUCAAGAAUAUACAGUAUUUAUUGAUAAAAAUAGGUCCUCUCCAGUAGCUCCAGUUGAAUUUAAAUUUGAUGAAUAUCNAUGUGGAUUAGGAAAAUUAAGUGAACAGUUAGCUCAGUGUCGUGCAGAUCUGAUAGAAAAAGAAAAUCAACUUUUUCAAUGUGAAAAAGAAAUUUCAAAUAUUGAAUUAUCAUCAGAUUUAAAUCCAAUGAUUACAGUCAAGCAAAGAGCUAUUGACAUUUUAAAAAGAGAAAUUGGAGAAUUGAGAUGCAGAGAAGAAAGACUACAACGUCAAUGGGAAGUCAUUGAUAUUCCAUUAUCAUCACUUGGUCCCAAUGGACCACCUCCUGGUUUAGAACUGGAUGAUGGCUUAAAUGAAGAUCAGAGAGAAGAAUCGCCAAGUUUGAGUUCAUUUGGAAGAAAAUCUGCACGACUAAUUAUGAGUAAACUUCGCCAUCCAUUUCAUACACUUAACAAAAAGAACUCACCCGAAUCUCCAUCUCCAACUGAUGAAUAUAGGCAAUGCUGUACAGGAAGUUCCUCGGGAAGUGAUCCAAUCACUUCUUAUCAUGGAAGUAAUCUUAUGUUAUCUGUUCCUCAUAAGAAUUUACAAGAAGAAGAAUGGUUUCAUGGAGUACUUCCACGAGAAGAAGUUGUACGUCUUCUUGUAAACGAUGGUGAUUUUCUUGUGCGUGAAACAACUAGGAAUGAUGAGAGACAAAUUGUUGUUUCAGUUUGUUGGAAAGGACAUAAACACUUUAUUGUACAAACAACAUUUGAUGGAAAAUAUAGAUUUGAAGGACCUGCAUUUUCUACAAUUCAAGAAUUGAUAAAUUAUCAGCAUCAGUCAGGCCAUCCUAUUACAAGUCGAUCAGGAGCAAUUUUGGCUAAUCCUGUUCAUCGCGAAAGAUGGGAAUUAAGUAAUGAUGACGUGGAAUUAAUUGAUAAAAUAGGACGUGGAAACUUCGGAGAUGUGUACAAAGCAGUGCUUCAUCCAACAGGGAUUGAAGUUGCUGUGAAAACAUGUCGAGUUAAUUUACCUGAUGAACAGAAAAGAAAGUUUCUUCAAGAAGGUCGGAUAUUAAAGCAAUACAGUCAUCCAAAUAUUGUGAAAUUUAUAGGCAUUUGUGUACAGAAACAACCAGUCAUGAUAGUAAUGGAACUUGUUCCUGGAGGAUCAUUGCUAAAUUUUCUUCGUUCACAAGGAGUAACACUAACAGUUCCACAACUGAUUGCAAUGUGUACAGAUACAGCAGCAGGAAUGGAAUAUUUGGAAAGUAAAAAUUGUAUUCACAGGGAUUUAGCUGCAAGAAAUUGUCUUGUUGGUUACAAUAACAAUGUAAAAAUUUCUGAUUUUGGAAUGUCACGUGAAGAAGAAGAAUAUAUUGUAUCAGACGGAAUGAAACAGAUUCCAAUUAAAUGGACAGCACCUGAGGCACUUAAUUUUGGGAAAUAUACAUCAUUAUGUGAUGUUUGGAGUUAUGGAGUUUUAAUGUGGGAAAUAUUUUCUCUUGGAAGUACACCUUAUUAUGGACUUACUAACAGUAAAGCUAGAGAGCUUAUUGAUUCAGGUUACCGUUUGCCAUCGCCUGAAAGCACACCUGUUGGUGUAUAUGAAUUAAUGUUAAGAUGUUGGGAAUAUAAUCCAGAAAGAAGACCACAUUUUCAAGAAAUAAGAAUGACAUUAGAAAAUAUUACAAGUAACAUGGAAAAAUUUAGAAUACAGAUUUAGUAAUUUAUAAAUUAUCUUAUUCUUCAUC